AUGUUCACAUUCGAAGUGGUAAUACUGGGCGGGCUUGGAGGUCCCGGCGAAAACUCGUCCCAAUGCUUUAUGCUUAGACCGUAUAGGUCAAAGGGGAUAAAAUCUAUUUGUGUUGACGGUGGUGCCGGUGCUGCGCAGAUAUGUGAUACAUUGAUGUUACAACAGAAACCUGUAUCAGAGAGAGACCAGUUGGCGUUCCACUACUACGAACCGGACGAUCAGCAGUAUUUUUUGGAAAAUAUGAUCGAUAAGCAGUCUGUCGCCAAGUUUGGGUUCUCUAGUGAGACAUUGGACAGCGUGUCGCAGGAACGGAACGCUCUGAAAAAGGGGUAUAAAAUAUACCAAGGGAUUGGCGAGUACUAUGUGACUCACCCACACCUGGAUCAUAUUUCAGCCAUGGUAGUGAAUUCUCCGCUUGUGUACGAACCCCCGCUGGUUUCAGAGAAGACGAUAUGCGGGUUGGACUUCACCGUGAAUGCAUUACAGGAACAUAUAUUCAACGACACAAUAUGGCCAAACUUGACUUACGGGAAAUUGCAGAAGUUACGAGUUAAGACUUUGCAACACAGCCAGUGGGCUCCAUCGAGUACAUUUCCUCAGUGGGAAAUAAUACCGUUUCAAGUCUGUCACGGGUGUAAAGUAGCUCAGGACUCCAAAGUGUACAGCACUGUUUACCUGAUAAGAGACAAAGUGAGUCGCGAUGUCAUUGUUAUCUGUGGUGACCUCGAGUACGACUACGAGGGGGAGAACCACAAAAAUUUGCUAGACAACGUGUGGAGGUACAUUGCUAAGAACGUCCCCUUCAAGCACUUGAAAAGUAUCUUCAUAGAGUGUUCCAGCUCAUCGAUGGUUGCAUGCGAGAACUUGUACGGUCAUCUUUCGCCGCCGUUCCUGAUCCAUGAACUUAAAUCACUGUACAAGUUCUAUGGGUUCACAAACGACCCGUUCGACCUGCAUGUUGUAAUAAUACAUGUCAAGCUUACUGUCUCGGAUACGGACCCCAGGAAGACCAUAUUGCAUGAGUUGAAAGAGCUGGUUAGGGGAGAGGAAGGGCUGAACAAAGUAAGAUUUUCUAUAGCACUUGAUAAACAUAGGUUUGUACUCUGA